AUGGAGACCAGUAGAGAUGAUAACAACAACAAUAAUAAUAAUACAACGACAGCUACAUCCACAGCCACAGGAAGCACGAUACCUUCAACAACUACAACAACAACAACAACAACAACUAAUACAUCAUUAACAUCAUUGUUGAGUGCAACUUUAAGUUAUAACAAUAUCAAUAACAAUAACAAUAAUAAUAAUAGUAGUAGUAGUAGUGGAUUCAAAGGACAUAGAUCAAAUUAUAGUAAUGGAGGCAAUAGUAGUAGUAGUUCAUUGAGUUACUUUGAAUCACCUCUGUUUCAAAGUGGCUUUGGUACCUUUCUAAAGUCUGGAGAGUUCAGCGAUCUAACAAUACACUCAGAGGGCAAGCAGUACCACCUGCAUCGAGUCAUCCUAGCCUACUCCUCAAAGUACUUCUCAGAGUUCUUUGACAAGAACAACAUCAACAGCAGUAGUAUUGACAUGACCAAUGGACAUUAUGUCAAACAACAUAUUAUUGAAGGAUCAGAACAACAACAACAACAACAACAACAACCGACAUUAUCAUCAUCACCAUCAUUAACAUCACCGAGAACUACAUACUUUGAAAAGAUUGACGACAGCAACUAUGAAUUGAAAGGAUUGUUCAUUGAACACUUUGACUCGGUGGUCACUUAUCUGUAUGAGGGCAGGGUCAACUUGACACCGCUGAACGCGCUGCCAUUGCUGUCGCUGUCCAACAACUUCCAGAUCAAGGGGCUGAAGAAGUACGCGACCUUCUCACUCACGAGCUCAAUCACAAAGGACAAUGCAUUCGUAAUGCUCAACAAGGCCAUCCACAUCAACUCUGAAGACCUGAUCACCAAGUGUAUAACAGUGAUCUGCAAGCACUUUAAUCAACUGAUACAGCCACACUACUCUCAUCUCUUCCUACAGCAACAGCAACUCCAACAACAGCAUCAACACUCUUUGCAUCCACAUCACCUGCCACCACUACCACCCUCGACAGUAUCCACCAACAACAGCAGCAGCGCACUAUCUGACGAGUUGGACUCGUCGGCCACCGAGCAUCUCGAGUCCAACAACAACUCAUCUGAACAUCUCAGCACAUUGACCGACAGUGGCGACGAGAGCGACGAUGAAUCAUUGUCGUCUACCGUCUCGCAGCCACCAGCUGGAACCAACGCGACUACCACCACAACCUCAUCGAUACCAAUCCUGACGGCGUCGUCUAUAUCCGCGACAACCAACACAUCACACUCAAACUUUGGAAGGUUUGGCUCACCAUCGCCGUCCAACUCGUCGUCGUCCAUCACAGCGCCAUCACUCUCGCACGACAAGUCACUCAACACGACAACCAUCCACACGAUACCCGAACUGCUAUCACUGCCCGUCUCUAUCAUGAUCAGAUUGAUGCGCCAAAACAAUCUGUCCGUCUCCAACGAAGCCGUCGUCUACAAGACCAUUGUAAAGUAUAUACAGGCUAACAAGUCCACGCUCGGCGAGCAGGACAUCGACUCGCUGUUUGAAUGUGUGCGCUUCCCCCUGUUCAACUACCAGCAGCUCGAGGAGGUGCAGGAGAACACAUUGAUCCCCAAGUCACUCAUCACCGAAGCUCUGAUGCUUCGUCUGCGGCUUCACGAGGGACCAAAGGAGGCCAAUGGCAACCUGUCAAGCGCGCCGUCCAACUCCAAGUCACCGUCGUCAUCAUCGACCAACGUCGUGCAGACGGGUACACCCGGCGGUGCCCCGACCAACUCGCCAACGCCCUCACUGCAGGUGACCAAUCCAUCGACAUCGUCAUCGUCUUCAUCGUCGUCCUCCUCGCUUUCAGUGGCGCAGGAGCCCACUGAUGUUGUUGACAAUCUGGCGUUGAUCAGAAGGACACCGCGUGCGCCGUACGCAAUCUCACUGGAGUACAACCCCAAGACUGAUGCAGUGGCAGGUGGUGUGUUCUAUUACAUUGGAACCAAUGGACUCAAGGAAGAAUGGUCAAACCCAGCCAUCAGAGGUCGUGUACGUGUUACAUUCUCAUCAAUCGAAAAGGGCAAUGUCACUGAUAUAGUUGGACGUACACCUACUGAAUGUUGGACAAUGGAUGUACCUGCAUCAUGGGUAUCGAUCAAUCUUGGAUCAAGUCGUACCAUGGUACCUACAUUCUAUAGUCUUCGCCAUGGAGGUAACAGCAAGGCUGAUUGUUUGAGGAAUUGGACAUUGCAAGGAUCGAUGGACAGCAAGUUGGACAAUUCUCUCAAGGCAUAG